AUAAGGAGAAAAGGCGUGCGCAGCUUUAGUUGGAGAAGAAGAAGAGAGGAAAUGGCGGAAGCAUGGAUUAGAGGUUUAGUGGAAGCCAUACACUCAACUCCGACUCAGGCGGUUCUCUAUCUCUCCGGCGGCGCAUCUCAGGCGAUAGGAUAUCUAGUAUCAGUACCUGGAGCAUCAAAUACAGUUCUGGAAUCAGUUGUGCCUUACUCUAGAAUGUCCAUGAUUCAGUUACUUGGGAAGAUUCCGAGUAAUUUCGUUAGUCAACAAACCUCGGAGGACCUCGCGUUAGUGGCUUAUAAUCGCGCUCUUCAGCUCUCUACUCCAGGAUCCCCUGUUCUUGGUGUGGGUUUUACUGGCUCUCUGGCUAGCACACAGCCUAAACGUGGUGACCACAGGUUUCACUUGUCGACAAGAACAUCUGACCGACUUUGGGUAUCAACCGUUACUUUGUCAAAGGGUAUGCGAACCCGAGAGCAAGAAGAUGCUCUUUCAAGUCAGCUUUUACUCAAGGCCGUUGCAGAUGCAUGCAAAGCUCAGGCAACAUUUGUUUCUCACUUGACUGAAUCGGAUGCAUCUAAUGAAUGCGAAAAUCAAUUUACUGAAGAUCAAGAACUGGAACAACUUCUAAAUGGGGAAAUAUGCGUUAAGGUUUAUCCAUUUUUAAGUGCGAUACCUACUUCAAGUGAAGAAAGAAAGAUAAUACUUUCCGGUUCUUUUAAUCCAUUGCAUGAGGGUCACCUCAAGCUCAUGGAAGCUGCUAUAAGCAUUUGUGGCGAUGGGUAUCCAUGUUUUGAACUCUCAGCUAUCAAUGCUGACAAACCUCCUUUGUCAGUAUCUCAAAUCAAAGAUCGGGUCAGGCAAUUUGAAGAAGUUGGAAAGACAGUAAUUAUUUCCAAUCAGCCUUUCUUUUAUAAGAAAGCCGAGCUUUUCCCUAGAAGUUCUUUUGUGAUUGGUGUAGACACAGCAGCUAGGCUGAUUAAUCCCAAGUACUACGAUGGGGACUACGGAAAGAUGAUAGAGGUACUCUUAGGAUGCCAAAAGACAGGAUGCACAUUCCUAGUUGGUGGUCGAUACAUAGAUGGUGUCUUUAAGGUUCUUGAAGAUUUCGACAUUCCAGAGAUGUUAAAAGACAUGUUUAUCCCAAUACCACCUGAAAAGUUCCGGGUGGAUAUAUCCUCUACUGAAAUGAGGAAGAGUUGUGGCCUGUAAAUCUGAUAGGUUACUUCACGUGUAUGAUGGAGACAAUAUUGAUUGUACAUCUCCAGAAAGUACUAUUAAUUCCUUAUUAUUCAUGCUUUAUGCAUCUGAGAAGAUAAAGAAAAAAGCUUCAGAUCUAUUUAGCAGAGUCGAAUAAAAGUGGUAGUCGAAAGCUAUCUCUGAAACUGUAUCUUGCAAGUUAUUUAUUGACAAAUCUUGAAACUUAUAUUGCAUCAGUGAAGAUAUAGAGUGAAUUGUAAAUUCUUCUUUUACACUUUUGAUUUCUUUGAGUUCUGCCAACAAAAUGGUGGAAGUGGACCAGAAAAUCUAUGUCUAUGACUUGAAUACAUUUGCAAUUACAUGUGGCUAUUAUAUUCAA